AUGGCUGCGCCGCCGGAGAUCACUUGCACCAACCUGUCGGGCAAGUUCGUCAUGGUAGUUAAAUUCCUGCUGUCAAUGGCCUGGGUCAAUCUGACACGUUACAAGAACAAAACCCUUUCAGAUGAUAUCGAUUCCAUGCUCGCUCUCCAGGGCCUGAGCUGGCUCACGCGAACCGCCAUCAGCUUGGCUACGGUCGUCCUUACCAUCAAAGAAUACAAGCAAGAAGACAUCUACCACAUCGACAUCACGUCUGUGGCUUCGGGCCUUUCAACGACUCAAGAAAACCGCACGCUGGACUGGCAAGAGCGCGACCACCAUGAUCGCAUAUUCGGGAACUGCCGAGGCAAGUCAAGAUUCUGGAAGACAGGUGAAUACAAAAUGGAGGGCCCGGGUACACCAGAAGACGCGGUGUUCUUGCAGGCCCAGAAACUCAAGGACGGGCAGACAGAUUCCAAGUUUCUGGACGAUGAACACGUUCAAAGCUGGGUGAAGAACAUGGAUGAGGCUGGCUGGCAGGCGGAGCAGAACUGGGGGUUUGAAGAGAUCAACGGUGAACGGCGAUACACUCGGCGAGUACUGGUCUGGAAGGGAAGCGAGUUUCGAAGAGCCCGCCUCGUGUAUGACUAUAAAGGACAGGCUGAGAAGAAGGAAGACGAUGACGAUGACCUGGCGUACGGCGAAGAAUGA